GAGGAAGGGGAAUAAUUAGACUUUUACUAAUUCCUUAAUUUCUUGUCUAACCAUUCUUCCCAUGAUGACAAGAUUCUUCCUUUUCUCUGUUUUCCUUAUCAUGCUGUCCGCGGUUGUCUUCGCCGUUGACGGAGAAGAUUCCGGCGAUCUCUUGAUCAAUCAGGUUGUUUCCGACGGAGGAGGAGAUAAUGAGGAGUUACUAAGUGUCGAACAUCACUUCUCGCUUUUCAAGAGUAAGUUUGGAAAGAGCUACGCCAAUCAGGAGGAGCACGAUUAUCGGUUGUCGGUUUUUAAAAAGAACCUCCGACAAGCCAAGCGCCACCAGAUGCUUGAUCCAACCGCCGUUCAUGGCGUCACGAAAUUCUCUGACCUGACUCCUGCCGAGUUUGAGCGUGACUAUCUGGGCAUGAAUCGCCCCAUAAAACUUCCGUCCGAUGCUCACCAGGCUCCGAUUCUCCCGACCACUGAUCUCCCCACCGAUUUUGAUUGGAGAGAAAAAGGUGCUGUUACUGGCGUCAAAGAUCAGGGAACUUGUGGAUCAUGCUGGGCUUUUAGUGCUACUGGCGCAUUGGAAGGAGCCAACUUUAUUGCAAGUGGGGAGCUUGUUAGUCUAAGCGAACAACAGCUUGUAGAUUGCGACCAUGAGUGUGACCCAGAAGAAUAUGGAUCUUGUGAUUCAGGUUGCAAUGGAGGUCUGAUGACUUCAGCCUUCGAAUACGCACUCAAAUCCGGUGGACUUUCAUCAGAGGCUGAUUACCCUUACAUUGGAAGAGAUCGCAAAGGAUGUCAAUUUGACAAGACCAAAAUUGCAGCAUCUGUUUCAAAUUUCAGCAUUGUUUCUGCUGAUGAAGAUCAGAUAGCUGCAAACCUUUUGCAGUAUGGCCCUUUGGCAGUUGGGAUCAAUGCGGUUUACAUGCAGACAUACAUAGGUGGAGUGUCGUGCCCAUACAUUUGCUCAAAGCGUCUAGACCACGGAGUACUAAUCGUAGGUUUUGCAUCGGCGGGUUAUGCACCAAUCCGGUUGAAGGAGAAGCCUUAUUGGAUCAUAAAGAACUCGUGGGGAACAAACUGGGGAGAAAAUGGUUACUACUACAUAUGCAGGGGAAAUAAGAGCAAGAAUGUCUGUGGAGUUGAUACCAUGGUCUCUAGUGUUUCAGCAUUAAUUCACACCACUAAUUAAAUAUAUAAUUGAGAUUGAUCAUCAAUUCAUUUCAAAUACAAUAUAUAAUCUAUGUUGUAAUAACACUUUGACCAAUUCAUUCAUCAAUUCAAUACAACAUUUUCAUUCUUAA